CCCUUUUAUAUCAAAGAUGUGAAAUGUAUGGGCUUCCAGAUGUUUUCAGAUAGCAAUUCACCUCUACCCUAGGCAGAGUUCAGUUCUGGUGCUUCUGAUUUCCACUCCCUGCAUUCCUCACCCUUGAAUAGACCGAUGGGAGUUACAGCACAGCAACCUCUGAAGGGCUGCACUUUGUCCAUCCCUGAUUUAUAGUAAUAAGGAUGGGUGAGUGAUAGGAGUGGCAGUACUUAAAUAUCUGGAUAGUCACAUGUCCCACCCCCCAAUUUUAUAUGGGUGAGUAAAGAUGAAAGCAGCAAGGAAGCAAAGAAAAAUAUCAAAAAAGAAAGCAAAGAAGACACCAAGGGAAAAUGCUGUGAAGAAAACUCAGAGAAAAACAAUGAUUGGGUUGAAGGACCGUGCGAUUCCUCACUUGUGAGGUCACUGACUGGUAGCAACUGCUGACUGCAUUGGCACUUGAGUGUGAAACCAAUCGUCAGACAUGGGCCUCCACUGAGAAGGGAAUGGUAUUUCUGAGAAGGGGAUGGUUGAGGGAGCACCAGAAGGAGGAAGGAAAGGAGGAAAUCUGUACGGCUGCCCUGGAGAGGUAUUCUCUUUUUUUGCUAAAGACAGGAAUAACCAGAUGAUGAAGAAAAGUCAGAGAGAGAGAGAACACUCAAUGAUGGCACAGCUCAUAGACGAAGCUUCAUGGGGCAAUUUUUCUGAUGACACUGAGCUUAGAGAAGAAAGUCCUGUCACUGAAGUCUUGGGUGUGAUACUUGUCCUUAUGUGUCUCAUUGGAAUGAUGGGGAAUAUCUACACGCUGGUGGUAGCAUUUGGCAACCCGUUGAUCCGCUCAAUGGGUUCUCUUCAUGUGUAUGUGAUCAACCUAGCUUUGGCUGACUUAAUCUACCUUUCCACCAUUCCUUUUGUGGUAUGCACAUAUUUUGCCCAGGACUGGUUCUUUGGAGACGUGGGUUGUAGGUUUCUGCUUAGCUUGGACCUGCUCACAAUGCAUGCUAGCAUCUUCAUCCUGACAGCCAUGAGCCUGGAGCGUUAUUGGGCAGUGACUAGACCACUAAAGGCCAGGUUGUCCAGAAAUAGUUACCGCAAACUUGCCAGUGCUGUUGUGUGGCUCCUCUCGGUGUUGCUUACUGUACCCAUGAUGGUCAUGAUGCAGCUACAGGAAGGCAGAAGCCACAAGCAGAUUUGCUUUCCCACCUGGACACCUGAUGCUUUCCGAAUUUACCUCACAGUUCUGUUUGGUACAAGCAUCCUUGGGCCUGGUUUGGUUUUGGGUAUUGUUUAUUCCCGUCUUGCUUGGGCCUAUUGGACUUCCAUGAAAACUAUGCAGCCACAAGUGACAGGAAGAGUCUUGAAACAGAAGCUGUUCUCCAGGAUCUUCAGCAUCAUUAUUGCCUACUGGUCCUGCUUUGUACCAUUUUGGGCAUGGCAGCUAGCCAAACUCUAUUGGUCUGAAGAAUUGGAGAUUGGUCUUACCGCUCAGGCUUACCUCAACUUUGGUGUAACCUGCUUGACCUAUGGCAACAGCUGUAUCAAUCCAUUCCUUUAUACUCUCCUCACCAGGAAUUACCAGGAGUAUGUUGCAGCUCAAGAUGGGGAGGGACAACGUAGGGGGCAUGGUCUCUUUAGGAGAAAAAGGAGAUAUGAAAAGACCCAAGCAAGAUGCACAUCUGUCACACAGGGAGAAUUGCUUGGAUAAAGAAGGCUAAGGAUAACACUGAUGGUCAAACUGUGUGUUUCAGGGAACUCAUCAUUAGAAGAUGAAAGCAAGGUGCCUCAACAAUUAUAAUGUAAAUGAAACUGGAGUUUACCUCUCAGUGGUUAAACAUAAAACAAAAACCAGCAAAUCUGCAAGCCAGGGAAGUGUGAACAAUCUCGUGCUAUGA